CGGUGCGUCGCGAGCCCCUCUCUUCCUGCGCUGUCUCUACCUGGUGGGCUUCCUGGAUCUGUUUGGUGUCAGCAUGGUAGUGCCUUUAUUGAGCCUUCACGUCAAGUCUCUUGGAGCAAGUCCCACCGUUGCUGGAAUAGCAGGCUCCUCCUACGGCAUCUUGCAGCUCUUUUCUAGCACACUGGUGGUAAGUUACCUUCCGUCUGGCAAUGUGUCUUGCAAGCAGGCUCUGCCCUCUGAGUGUACGCAGUGCGGCAGCUGCGAAGUCGGGGCUGGAGGCUUCCAGAAGUGGACGUGCAGAUGAUUGGGAGAUCCCUGCGUUAGAUCAGAAGGUCCCUCAGGCACCUCUCUUCCUCAUUGGACAGCCGUGAAGACCUAGGCGUACCAGAGUCGAUGGCUUCUGGAAGGAACACAUUGAGUCAGAACGAGAGCCCACUUUUACACUGUACCAUGUCCUUCCCAUGAUUCCCUGCUGACUUUUGACUGGGAAAGAGAAUGGUUAUUACCAAUUUUAGCAUUUGUUUCAAUUAAUUGACAGUAAUCAAAUCCAGUCAUGCUUCUAGGAUUCUGUUUGAAGUUUUGUGUCUUGGACUAUGCGGUUUAUUAAUUCUACUGAAGGGUACAGACAGCCAUUCGGAGGGUUGAAGUCUGUCUACAGUGUGGGGUGGAAAGAGCCAGAGCUGCGCAUGUCACGCCCACUGCCCACUCGUUGUUUGAAUUUUGGAAUUCUUAGCUGAGCUUCCCCUUCUCCUUUCUGAGCUGCCCUGGCCUUAGCCUCGGUGUCCAGUGGUCCAGGAAGGCCAGGCAAAACUGCCAGGCUAGUCCACGGACGGGCCAGCCGUGACCUUGGUUAGUGAACACGGAGUAUGGAACCAUGCUUCCCAAGAGCGGCUUACACGUAAAAUGUGUUUUAAAAAAAGAAAAGAAAUUUGGUCCGAUUUUGUAAUGAAUUCUUUGGUAAGUAAAUAGCUACUCCCUGAUUUAUCUGGUUUUCAAGUCUUUCAUAGAUUAAAUUUGUAUAACAAUAACAAUUUUAUUCUCAUUUAACCUUUACAAUGACCCAGCAAAGUGUUCAUCUCCCUUUAUCAUACAGGAGGAAAUGAAGACUCACAAACGUGAGAUAAUUUGAGAAGGUGACCUCAUCUUGUCCCCAGACUUUAAGCCUGGGCUCUUUUCUCCCUAAAAGUCUCAGCCUUAAAGAUCCAAAACAGUAAAUAGAUAACCAGCCUCGGGUCGCACAGGGGACGUGGGCUUGCUUGUGGGCAGCACUGGUCCCCGUGAAGGAACUUGCAUGUGCUUAGUGAGCAGCUUUUCUUUUACCUGGAAACUCACUGCCCAGACACUUGCUAGUGUGUAUGUUAUGUUAGAGCCGGGGUGGGGGGGGGGGGGGGGGAAGUGAGCGGAGCGGUAAGCAGCCAGUGCCUCCUGCUGGCGCUGAUGGUCUGAGUGAAGGCGGGCUUGUCGGAGGCCUGGCAGUGGGAGCAGUUGGUGACUGAAACUUGAUCACAGCCAUGGCCCAACCCUCUUUCUCAAGUAAGCCUUUGCUUUAUCCUAUUUGCGCUUGCAAAGCACAUUUCAUAAACCUUCUAGCCGUAAUGUCUGUGCAGAAACUCCUUAGAAAUCAUUCACGUGAAAUGCCAAAUAAACAUUUUCUUGUCAACCAGUGCUUUUAUAAAUCUUUAAUAAGUUUUUUAGAAACAUUUUAAUUUGAAAAAGAAGUCCUUAUGAAGAAAAUUAUGUGUCAGAUUUGACUAAUAAUUUUAAUAUAUCUAUUUUAAUAAAGAUGACUAGCGUCUAUUAAGUACUUACUACGUGUCAGACCCUGUGCUGAGCACUUGACUGCAUUCAGCCCUCAUCCUAACUGCUCUCAGCCACGUCGAGGAGGCCCUGCGUCUUUGACGACGGAUUUUACAUAAAGCACCGAGCCAGUGUGGAGGGGAAAGACCUCCAAGGCAGACACUACUACUGUUCCUAAUUUACAGAUGGAGCCAGGCUCGCCAUGUGCUGCCAUGUGGAAUGUGUCUGGCAUGUGGGCUGCUGGAGUGAUGUGAUUGGAAGACGGCUUUCCUUGCUGGUGUGCAUUCUCUGCAGUGCCCUGGGUUAUCUUAUUCUUGGAGCCUCUACCAACAUGUUCCUGUUUGUCCUCGCUAGAGUCUCUGUGGGUAUUUUUAAACAUACACUCUCCAUUUCAAGGGCUAUGCUUUCUGAUCUGGUUCCAGAGAAGGAGCGGCCAUUAGUCAUUGGACAAUUAAAUACAGCGUCUAGUGUGGGCUUCAUCUUGGGCCCCGUGGUCGGUGGCUAUCUUAGUGAACUAGACGGUGGAUUUUGUCUAACAUGCUUCAUCUGUUUUUCUGUCUUCAUUCUCAAUGCUGGUCUCGUCUGGCUGUUUCCAUGGAGUGAAGUGAGUGUCCAUAGUACAGAGAGCAGCCUGCGAUUGGGUGAGAACCAUGCACCUUUGGGCAAGACAGACUGUGCCGUGCAGGAGGCGAGCCUCGGGCCUGGGAGCGUGGAGGGCGAGAAGGCCCGUGGGCCCUGGGCGGAGGGUGUGGCCGCACUGCGGGGCCUGAAGAGCCUGGUGUUCUCUGAGAUGUGGGACGUGUUUCUGGUGCGCUUGCUCAUGGCCGUGGCGGUCAUGCUGUACUAUAGCAACUUUGUCUUGGCCCUCGAGGAGCGCUUCGGGGUGCGACCCAAGGUGACGGGCUACCUCAUCAGCUACAGCAGCGCCGUGGGGGUCCUGGCCGGCCUGGUCCUGGGGCCCGUCCUGCGGCUGUACAGGCACAACUCCCCCAGGCUGCUGCUGCACUCCAGCGCACUCACCUUCCUGCUGCUGCUGCUCUACUCCACGGCCCCCACCCUGGGCGCCGCAGUCGUCCCCUCCAUGCUGCUGUCCUUCUCCACGGCCCUCGGCAGGACGUGCAUCACAGACCUCCAGCUAGCUGCGGGCGGGGCCCAGGCCAGGGGCACCCUCAUAGGCGUGGGGCAGUCAGUGACGGCCGUGGGCCGGGUCAUGGCCCCCCUCCUCUCCGGAGUUGCCCAGGAGUUCAGCCCUUGUGGCCCCCCCAGUCUGGGGGCGGCGUUAGCGUUGGUGGCUGUUCUCAUAAUGUUGCUGAACAAACCUCGCUAUGAUGGUGACGGGAGCGGCAGAUUAAAACGUGAAUAGAAUGGAUUUGGACAACACAAGCGGAAUCCGAGAGUGUGAGUGGGGAGAGGCCAGGCGAGAGGGUGCGUUGGGAAGGGUGAGUGUCUAAGUGGGACACUUCCAUGCGGCUCCUCCAGGACAGCCUCCAGCUCCGCGCCUAGGCCUGUGGGACGAUCAGAGCCCAUCCAGGGGAAGGAAAGCAGUGAUGGGAGAAGAACCUGUGCAAGGGCAGAGGCCCACGGGUUUCCCUCAAUAAAAGCAGACUGCGGUCAGCCGGGACA